AUGCAUAGCGAUAAGAUUGAAUCAAAACCGGUCAGAGGGUCUAUUUUUCCUCCUAAUACAGAUCAGGGAGUAUACUUGGCUGCAACUGAUAUUUCGUAUCAAAUUACUAAUGGUGUUUUUGAACAGAGCACAGCAAGAAUAUUAUCAGGAAUAAAGUUCUUUGCUGAGCCAAAAACUAUGACCGCAAUUUUAGGUCCUAGUGGAUCUGGAAAGACUUCUUUGCUUAAUAUUUUAUCUGGAAGAUUAUCUUCAACUGGUAACAAGCUGGUAGGAGGUUCGAUAUAUUUGAAUGGAAAGAAGGUUACAAGUAAGGAUUUAAAGUCUCGUUGUAGCUAUGUGAUGCAAAAUGAAAUAACCAUUCCAUAUUUAACAAUUCAAGAGACAUUGCUUUACUCAGCAGAAUUAAGAUUACCAUUUUUAUCUGCAAAAGAAAGAAGGGAAAAGGUUAGAAUUUUAUUAAAUGAUCUGGGUUUAGUACAUUGUAUGCAUUCAAUAGUAGGUGACGACAAGGUAAGAUCAAUAUCAGGUGGUGAACGUAAAAGAGUUAUAUUGGGUACUGAGUUGAUCAGCGACCCACAAGUGUUGUUUAUUGAUGAGCCAACUAGUGGUUUAGAUGCAUUUAUGGCUUUUCAAAUUUUGCAGUUACUAAUAAAGUUGGCAAAAACUGGAAGAACAAUUAUUUGUACAAUACAUCAGCCUAGAACACAAGUAUUUCAAGCAUUUGAUGAAAUCUUGUUAUUAUCUAGGGGAGAAAUGGUGUAUCUAGGCCCAUCAAAAUCAUCGGUGGAUUAUUUUUCGUUAAUUGGGUAUCCUGUACCAGAAAAUUAUAACCCAACAGAUUACUACUUGGAUUUGUUGGUUCCAAGAUCAAGUAUGGAUAAAUUUGCAGAUAAUCGUCUUCAUUCGAUUACUUAUGAACAGUUGAGAGUGUUGCCAGAACUAUAUUUAUCGUCCGAAUAUAAUGAUAGAGUAAUAAGAAAAAUAGAUGAGCAUUUGAAUAGACAGUAUUCUCAAAUUCCUGAGCUUUUAUUGUUUUCGAGGACUAGUCAUACAUGCUGUGGGUGGAUAAGAAAGAAGCUACAUGCUUUUAGUGUUGUUACAAAAAGAUCUUUUAUGAAUAAUGCAAGGAAUACAUUGGGAUCAUUAGUUUUUGGUAUUUUAGUUAAUGCUUUUAUUGCGGUUGUAAUUGGAAGUAUUUUCUUUAAUUUACCUUCAUUUAGUAAUGAUGCGGAUGAAUCUUUUUUACGUGCUGCUAACAUUAUGGGAGCACUUUUUUUCUCUGUAAUGACCGCAACAUUUGGAGCAAUGAUAGCAUUGGAAUCAUUCGCAAGAUUUAGAAUAAUAUUUUCUAGAGAGAGGGCAAAAGGUUUGUAUGGUCCUGCAACAUAUAUAUUGGGUAAACACGUUGGCGAUUUUAUCUUUGAAAUCGUUCCAAUUAUGAUAUUUAGUCAUAUAUUUUAUUUUAUGAGCAAUACUAACUCUGUUUCUUAUCCAGACUGGAGUAUUUUAACUCAGUAUCUAUGCUAUCAGCUAACGAUAUUAUUAACUUCCUGGGCAAGCUAUGGUUUGAUUUAUUUCAUUUGUGGAAUAACAAAAUCAUUGGAACUUGCAUAUGGAAUAGCUCCUCUGAUAAUAAUAUUUUUUGUGAUAGUAUCAGGUUUCUAUGUAACUGUUAAUAAGCUACCGUCAUGGAUUUCUUGGGUCAAGUACAUUUCGUUCCAGAGAUAUUCCUACUCGGCCUUGGCAGUAAAUACAUUUCCAGCUAACAAUAUAUGGGGUCUUAUUAAGACAGAUGAUCUACUUAAGCAAUUCUCUAUUGACCAAACUUCAUUCUUAUUUAAUGUAUUGAUCUUAUUUAUUUUGGGUAUUGCAUACCGAAUAUUUGCUUGUUUUGCAUUCACUCUCUUUUAUCGAAAUCUUGGUUUAGAAUGA